ACGAGGCGCGCUCAACACAGCUGGCCUAACGCACGCGCGCGCCCUCGCUCGCCCGCCCGUGCACGUGCCGCCCCCCCCCCCCUCCUCGCAGGGUCACGUGACUUGGGGCUCGCGAUCUGCGCUGACCUGUGGAGACGAUGGUGAUUUUAAUGCACUUGGAAAAUAAUCCUCAUCGAAAUGAGCUGAUGUGAAAACAUAGUCCUUAUAUGGUAUCAGUGGUAACGGUUUUAUAUACAUAGUUUUUUCUGUGAAACAGUGCGAUUAAGUGUUUAACUAAUAUACAUAUUGAAUUGCAAGUCCAUGCAAAGUUUGAGAUGUUAAUAUCACUUUGAAAUUAAAUAUGCAAGACAAGGAAAUCACAGGCAACAACAGCGGUCUGUGUGGUGUUGUAAGAGUGAUUGCGAUCGUCAAGGAAGUGUGACAUGCAGUGUGUCAGAAGUGCGUAGGAAUUUCAAUCUUUUCGUGUUCGUAGCAUGACCAUGACCUUCCCACGGGCCACGGCUUGGGUCAUGCUGGCCGCCCUCUUGAGCUGGCCAGCGGAGGGAUGCUGGCCAGGAUACAUAGAGGACGCCGUGAAGGAGUCAAAGGUCGUGCUCAUGGCCAAGGUCAUCCACCUCGAGGCCCCCCGAGGUCAGGAGACGUACCCCGCGGUCGAGAUCCAGGUCAGGGAGAUCCUCAAGGGCGCCGACGCGUACCAGGACUACCUCCUGCCGCGGCACGUCGACCAGCUGCCCCUGGACGACGAGGCCACGGCGCUCGAGGAUCCCCUGGACGACGACGAACCCGAGAUCGAUGACGACAUCCUAGAGGUCGAGGGAGUUACGACCUCGACCUCCUGCGCAGGGAGGAUCCGCGAGGGAGACACAAGGAUCUUCUUCCUGGACGCGGAGGAGGAGGAGUCGAGGUCAAGGCGUCAAGGCGUGUCCCUCCGCGUGACAGCUCAACCUGUCAGGCUCAGUCUGAAGAGCAUGAGGUGGAUCAAGGCGGCUGUGCAAGAAAGAGAUCAAGAUAUUAACUUCUGA